AUGGACGCGCAGCAUUCAGAAAAGCCACACAGCCACGCCAGCAUGAACAGGACCUCCUCAGCCAGGUCCCAGAACUCCAGAACCUCCUCUCACAUCUCUGAACUCACAAAGAACCAGGCCUACAUGACGGUGCCUCAGAAUUCUGCCCAAGGGGACAGACAGAGGCCCCCCACCACCAUCCUGCUCUGCAAGCCACAGACCAGCCAGGCCGCCCUGAUGCCCAAGGAGCACAGGACGUUCAUCGAGGAAGCCUACAACAAAGCCAUCUGCUUCAAGCUGCUCUGGGACCUCAGUAGUUCAGACUCUGUCCACCUGAGGUACACCAUCAAGAAAAUCAAGAGCAUAACUCACGGGGCCCCCAACCUGGUGCUGGAAACCAUCGGCGACUACUUUGUAAACAACCAGCAGAUCUCCACCUGGCACAAGUUCCGGCUCUUCCACGUCCUAGAGGCAGUCAUUGGAGCCAGUGAGUCCCUGGAGAAGACCUGGGAGAAGUCGUUCAUGCAGCUGGCCCUGGAGAACAUGACCAAGUCCACAGAGCUGGAGGAGGCCUACCAGGACGCGGCCAGCAACGUGCUGGUGGCCAUCUGCAGGCACUCGUGGCAGGCAGUGGCCCAGCAUCUGGAGACCGAGGUCCUGUCGGGCGUCUUCCCGCACCGCAGUCGCUUCUACGUGAUGGGCAUCAUGACCUUGGACGAGAAUCUCUUCAAGGAGGGAGAGAAGGCUGGCUGGGAAGAGCAGCUGACCAAGAUGGCCAUCAAGUCGGUGCCGUUUCUGAACACAGAAGCGUGGUCCAAGGAGCUGCUGGGGGCACUCACCAGGCCUGACCAGACACAGCAGGAGCAGCCCCCGGAGAAGGCCUUCCUGUUCAUCUACUACGGGCUAAUACUUCAAGCCUCAGAAAACGGCACCACAGUCAGGACACACCUGAAAACCCUGCUGGAAACGUCCCACCAGUGGUCCAAGCAGAGGGAGGGCAUCGCGCUCACCGUGGGGCUGGCUGCCGCCCGCCACCUGGACCACGUCUGGGCCGUCCUGAAGCAGUUUGGCAGCAGCACGCCCGUCAAGUGGAGCCUCAACAGCUUCUCCCCCAAGAACUCGGAGGACCUGCGGUGGAAGUGGGCCAGCAGCACCAUCCUCCUUGCCUACGGCCAGAUGGCGGACAAGGCCAAGGCCCACAUCCUCCCGUGGGUGGACAACAUCCUAUCCCGCAUGGUCUAUUUCUUCCAUUACAGCUCCUGGGACGAGAUCCUGAAGCAGAGCUUCCUCACGGCCAUACUCAUGCUGGUGGGGGCCAUCAGCCGCAACGAGGGCGCCCAAAGCUACGAGUUCUCGCAGGUGUCCAAGCUCCUCGAGUGUCUGAUGCUUCUGAUGGAGAAGGAGCCGCAGGACAUGCUGUGCACCACGACGCGCCAGCAGACCCUUAACAUCAUCUCCAGUCUCUGUAAGCUGAGGCCACCGCUGGACUUGGAGCAGAAAUCUCGGCUUCUGUCCAUCAGCCUCCACAGCGUGAUGUCCCUGCCGCAGCUGGAGGUCCUGGAGAAACACACCUGCCUCUUUCUGGAGCCGCCCAACAUACAGACCCUCUACAAGGAGACCGCAGGGGCCCUGGAGAAGAUGCUGCAGAACUUCAUCAUGCAGAACCCCACAGCCGAGGAGCUGCACUUCCUGCUGUCGCACCUGUACGUCUGGCUGGCGUCGGAGAAGGCACAUGAGCGGCAGCGGGCUGUCCACAGCUGCAUGGCCCUCCUCAAAUUCCUGAGCCACAACCUCUACCUGGACCCCAAAGAGGACUUCAAACGAAUUGGGCAGCUGGUGGGCAUGCUGGGGAUUCUGUGCCAGGACCCAGAUAAGACUACCCAGUGCUCCAGCCUGGAAGGAGUGGCCUAUCUCUACAAGCUCCUCAUGCACCAGAGAGGAGGAAAAGCUUCGCAGGAGCAAGCACCAGCCCCCCAGGAGCCUCCCCAGGCCAAUAAGGAAGAAGCCGUGCUCGGGAGCGGCGGGGACCAGGAGGCUGCUCCCCCCAGCCCCUGGGAGGUGGCACUCUCGAAGCCCAGCAGCUCCCAAGUCAAGGAUAUCAUGAAGCAUCUCACGACGGCAGAGCUGACCGACCUCAUCUGGACGGCCGUCAACAGCCUGGGCUCCACCAGCCCCUUCCGCGUGCAGGCAGCCGCCGACAUGCUGCUCACUGCCAUCCAGGACCACGGGGCCAAGCUGGAGACUGUUGCCAGCCUGGGCCAGGCCAUCCACCUGCAGCUCUGCUCCGUCCGCAUCCCCCAAGCCAGGGAAAAUGCCCUGCAGGCCAUCACCCUUCUGGCCCGGAACCACACCUCCGAGCUGGUGGCCGCCUUCCUGGACUUCUCCAUCUCCCUGGACAGCCACACCUUCCGGUUGUGGAGGGCCCUGGGUGCCGAGCAACCCAUGAGCCACCGGGUGCUGGCCAUGCUGCUGGGCUGGCUGCAGAAGCGCCCCCUGCCCACCAGGACCAGCGGCGGCAGCCCCCAACCCAAGAAGGCUUACCUGCACUCCCUGGCCGCCAUGAACACUCUGCACGAACUGCAGUUCGCCUGCGAGUUCAAGCAGGCCAUGCAGGAGGCCUUCCCCGAGCUCCUGCUGGCCCUCCUCUCCCAGACGCACUACCUGCUGCAGCUGAACCUGCCCGAGGAGCCCCAGCCUGGCAAGGGGGCCCAGGAGACAGCCCUGCUCGGCCCCCAGAGCAUGUCGCUGGAGGCACUGAAGAGCCUGCUGUCAACCACCAGGCACUGGCAGGACUUCGCCCACAUGGAGCUGCAGGGCGCCUGGGACCUCUUUGCCACCACCCACACCUACCCACAGGGCGUGGGCCUCCUUGCCAGGGCCAUGGUGCAGAACCAGUGCAGGCAGAUCAAGGCGCUGACCCUUCAGCUGCUGCCCAACCUGCGGAGCCGGGAGGAGCGGGAUAGGAAAGCGGCCAUCAUCAUCUUCACAGAGUUCCUCUACAGCCCCACCCUGCUGGAGGUGCUCCCCAAAGAGGCUGCCCUGUCCGUGCUGGUUCGAAGCCUCAGGGACCCCAGCCCCGAGAUCCGCGUGCUGGGCCUACAGGGCCUAGGGAACAUUCUUUUCCACCCAGAGAAGGGAAGCCUGCUCCGCGGACAGCUGCCGCCCUUCCUCAAGGGCUUCUUCCAGAGCAGCGAGCCAGUGGUGGUGCGCAUCAUGGGCACCGUGUCAGAGGUGCUGCACCGCCUGGGCGCGCACAGUACGGAGACCCUGGGCCUCCGCAUUGCCAUCAACACCCGCGCCUUCUUCGAUGACGAGCGGGACGGGGUCCGGGCAGCGGCCAUGGCACUGUUCGGGGAGCUGGUGGCGUCGGUGACAGGCCAGAAGUUCGGCGGCCUGCGCACCCAGGUGCGCCAGAGCAUGGUGCCCCUGCUCCUGCACCUGAAGGACCGCUGCCCCGCUGUCGUCACGCAGGCCAAGUUCUCCUUCUACCGCUGCUCCGUGCUGCUCCAGUGGCGGCUGCCGCACACCCUCUUCUGCACGCUGGCCUGGGAGAAGGGCCUUAGCGCCCGCCACUUCCUCUGGAGCUGCCUGAUGAGCCACAGCCAGGACGAGUUCAGCACCCACUUGGCGCAGGCCCUCAGCUACCUGCACAGACGGCACCACCACCUCAAGAUCUGGGCAGCACUCUUCAUCGGUUAUACCAUCUGCUACUAUCCCCGGGCCGUGUCCCAGACGGUCAGUGACGUGGACAUAAAGCUGCUGGUCUGCACUUUUGAGGAUCUCAAAAAGAACCCCGAACCCAGCAUCCAAUACUUCGCCAGCAGGCAGGCUUCCUUCCUUCAGAAGGUGGUAGCCAGACCAGCCAGACCACAGUGA